AUGGAUGCGUUCAUGCCCUUCGACGUCAACUCGGAGGCGCUAAACGAUGUCGACUGGUCUAAGACUUCUAUAGGGCCGCACGACUCCUGGUGUUCAUCGCUCAAAUGUCUCGUCAACUCAUGCGUCUUGCCCAUGUCUCACUGCGCCGCCAUCUUCUGGGGAAGCGAUCUUACUGUUAUCGGGAACGCGGCGUGGAACAAAGCGCGAGGCAAAUUGGACGGGCAGGGCACAAGCGCACUUCAAAGCUACAAAGCAGAGGCACUCAGCACUCUGCAGCGGGUCGUGCGCGGUAGGACCGUCAAGGUAGACGCCAGGUUUUUUCUGGAUCAAUUCAGUAACGAGGAUGCUGAAGAUGCUGAGGCACAGAUCCACCUCAGCACCCUUCUUGACGACAAAGGCAGCCGUCAAGGGGUCUUGGCGCAACUCAUGCGUAACACUAACGUGGAAACGUACACUGGACUUGAAGGUCUCGGCAAACUAGCCUCCAGGAAUCCAGCAAAAACCGACAGCCACCCCGGUAGCGACAGGCCGUACGGAAAAAGUAAUGAUGGACAAGCCGAUGCAAUGCAGACACAGCUCUUCCAGCGAUUUGCCGAACUAUUGCCAAAUGGACUGGCGAUUCUUGAUAAAGAGCUUGAGGCUAUCUUCGUCAACGACGGCUUUUUCAGACUCACGACAAACAAGAUGGCCAAUGAGUUUCGCGCCUGGCCCGAGAGCAUUCAUCCGGACGAUUAUGAUCGAGUCAUGUCCGCAUAUCGCAAGGCCUUCUCUAAACGGGAAGACCUUCGGAUUGAAUUCCGGUGUACCAGCGAAGCCGCAGGCGAGAAAGGGGAGUGGAGGCUGUUCCUGUUCAGACCGCUCAACGAGGAUCCUGAGGCCGGAUUCAUCUGUGCAGUUGUUGAUAUCACCGAGAUCAAACAAGCCCAGCUGACCCAAGAGAAAGCCGCUACCGAAGCCCAGGACAGGAAAGAACAACAGGAACGGUUCAUCGACAUGGUCUCCCACGAGAUUCGAAAUCCGCUCAGCGCAGUCAUGCAUCUGGCCGAAGAAGUCAAAGACAUUACACGCGAGCUUAGCUCUGGCCAUGCAGACAUUGAGGACCAACUAUCAGACAUCUUGGAUGCUGCUGAUACGAUAUUACUUUGUGUUUCACAUCAAAACACCCUGGUAGACGAUAUUCUUUCAUUUUCAAAGCUAGAUUCCAUGAUGCUGUCUCUGGUGCCCCGUGUGGUACGACCUAAAUGGGAGUUUUCUCAAGCGCUCAAAGUUUUCCAGUCGGAGUUCAAAGCAAAGAGUAUCAAGUUCCACUACGCUAUGGACAUCUCCUACGAUGAUCAAAAAGUCGACCAUGUUGUUGCGGAUAUCAACAGGAUGAAGCAAGUGCUGGUAAAUUUGAUUACAAAUGCUGUCAAGUUCACUUCCCGUAAGAAGGGUAGCAAGUCGAUUACGGUCUCCAUGGGAGCCUCAACAAAACGUCCGACUUCGUAUCCGCCUAACGUUAUAUACUUCGGUCAAGACAAAGAAUCCUUUCACGUGGACUCCACCAAAUCCUCUGAAUGGGGUACUGGUGAUGUCUUCUAUCUCAUGGUAGCUGUCAAGGACUCAGGCAUCGGAAUCAGUAAAGACGAUCAAGCCAAGCUGUUUGAGAGAUUCAGACAAGCAACACCCAAAACACAGGAGAAAUACGGCGGCUCUGGACUUGGACUCUUCAUCUCUCGUAAACUAUGCCAGCUGCACGGUGGUGAUAUUGGUGUGAGUUCUAAGGAAGGCGAUGGAUCAACAUUCGGUUUCUUCUUCAAGGUGCGACGAUCCAACGGUUCUAGCGAGGAUGGAAGGCCGCUGUUAUCGUUACGUAGCAACUCUGAAAAUCCAGGACUUUCCAAUCAACGAGCGCAAACACCACGACCGGGCUACAGCCGGUCCAAUUCGCAGCUUCCAGACAUCAAGGAAAGGACGAGCGAACAGGACAGAAAGGAAGUCAAACUGGAAGCUAAAGACAGCGAGGGCGAGAGUCAAGACAAGAAGGAUGAAUCUCACGUCAACGGCGAAAGUUUUGGGUUAGGCACAUUGACAAGUCACACAGGUGUAGAUGUUGACAAUGUCGAUCCAAGCCUUAAGAACCCACCUACCGAGUACUUUCCCGAAGCCCACCCUGAAUCUACCGAGGAUAACCGCUAUCACGAGACCAAGAGCGUUGCCAACCAAAUCACUCCUCUCCAAGAAGGUAACGACAAUAAUGUAUCAUACACGGAAUCAGGCGAAAGCAAACGGCAAAAAGCGGCUGCUCACAAAGCCCAUCAAGUACAAGGAACCCGACGCUCGGAAGACAAGCGCACCCUUCUCCUUGUUGAAGACAACCUCAUCAACCAGAAGGUCCUUCGUCGGCAGCUGCAAGCGCGUGGGUUUGAAGUUUUUGUCGCAAACAACGGACAAGAAGCCAUCGACGCUGUAUUUGAGCGCGGGGCGACGGCUGCCCAAGACCAGCAUAACCGAAAUUACUUCGAUUGCAUCCUCAUGGACCAGGAGAUGCCAGUCAAAGACGGAAACCAGGCGACAACGGAGAUCAGGCAGUUGCAGGACGAUGGCAAAGCCGGGUAUAGCAAGAUCCUCGGCGUCAGCGCCAACGUGCGCGAGGCGCAGCGAAACAGCAUGCGAGAGGCAGGCAUGGAUGAUCUUAUUAGCAAGCCGUUCAAGGUCGAGGAUCUCAUCAAGAAAAUCGACGGCUUGACAAUCGGAGAUGAGGAGGUGAAAUCAGCCAAAGAGGCGAAGCGAGAGACGAAGGAUGCGCAACUGAUGAAAGGGGAGAGCGAGACGCAGCAGGAGGAGAAACGAGAGGGUGGUCAGCAAGAGGGGAAGCCCGGCCAAGAACAACAAGAGAAGAGAGAAGUCGAGCAGAACGAGGCGAGAGAAAAGAGAGAAGCAGGAGACAAGAGAGGAGAGGGAGAGCAAGGGUUGGAGAAGAAAGGGUAG